GGGUUUAUGACCUAUACUGCAGCCAGACACCAGGGGGCGAAAGAGACGUUUUGGCUUCAUUUUUGGGGAGCUGUCGCGUCGUCCAUGUUUUCUACAGUCAAUGGCUUCAAAAGAAAAAUAAGCAGAAAUAAAUCAGCUCUGCACAAACAGCCUCCUGUCAUUAUUAUUAUGGUCUGUGCAGACUAACGUGUGCUGUCCAUUCACUCAAACUAAAUCUAUUCUGUGUUUUUCUACGCUCAAUAGAAAAUCUUAUGUGCUGCGUUCACUGACUCCAUCCUCUCUGACUGUUACUGACACUCAACACAGCCACAGGCUGACCGCAGCGGAGUGAAAUGGAGUGCUGUGAUUGGUCAGAAUGUUUGUGACGGGCGGUCCCUGUUGCAGGUGGGUUGUGGACCCUCUGUCCCACAAGCCCCUCCCUGGUUUUGCCCUUCCCAAAGUUUUUCUCUCCUGAACUUUGACGCUGAUCGUCUCCGUGUGAAGCUCCGUGUUAAGCCAUGUUUGACCUUUGUAGGACUACAGUAAUGGAGGAUUUGGAGGCUGAACUCGGCUCUGUGACACUUUUUGUAGUGAACUGAUUAAAGCUGCGUCUCAGAUGGAUGUUAGUCCAACACAUCAGACACGACCUCUGCAGCUCUCAGUUGAUGUGCACAUGAAUGAUUUGUGUUUCCUCUGCAGGUGAAGGUAGAAAGUGUGUGUGAGCUGAUGUGAAUUGAGCAGCAUGGAUCAGUGUGAGGACAGAGAGGAGGGAGUCCCUCCCUCUAAAAGCACUCUGUGUGGGGAACAUGAGAGCCAGACCAAAGCUCAGAGGAACCAGCCUGGACCUCCACCCAGCUGUGUGUCCUUACAGAGUGACUGGUCUGCAGACCGUCCCAUCAAUUUUAAAGCCCAGCCUAUGUCUGCUGCAGAGAGGAUCCAUGCGAGACCUGCUGGACCUGAACCCAGCUGUGUGUCCUUACAGAGUGACUGGUCUGCAGAUCGCCCCAUUAAUUUUAAAGUCCAGCCUGUGUCUGCUGCAGAGAGACAGUGCAUCUGCUCAUACUGGGACCAGUCUGCUUCAUCAGGAGACUCCUCCUGUCCCCAGUGUGGAGAAAGAUCCAGAACCAGAGCUGGACUGCAGACAGCCAGUCAGAGCAGCUGUGUACAAACAGAUGUUGGUCUGCAGGAGGUUUUAGAUGAACAUAAGAUCAGUCUGAGGAGGAGAUGUGAACGUGUGACUGAAGGAAGUGAUGACACAGGAAGUAGAACCCUCCUCAACAGGAUCUACACUGAGCUCUACAUCACAGAGGGACAGAGUGAAGAGGUUCAUACCCAACAUGAGGUGAGGCAGCUGGAGACAGCUUCCAAGAUGGACGCCCUCCAUGACGCUCCAAUCAGGUGCCAGGACAUCUUUAAAGCCUUACCUGACCAACAGAGACCCAUCAGAGUGGUUCUGACCAACGGCGUGGCUGGUGUUGGAAAAACCUUCUCAGUGCAGAAGUUCACUCUGGACUGGGCAGAGGGCUUGGAGAACCAACAUGUCAGUGUGGUGGUUCUGCUUUCAUUCAGGGAGCUGAACCUGAUCAGAGAUGAGCAGUACAGUCUUCUGGAGCUGCUCCAUGUUUUCCAUCCAACAUUACAGAAGGUCACAGCAGAGAAGCUGGCUGUCUCUCAGCUUUUGUUCAUCUUUGACGGCCUGGAUGAAAGCAGACUUUCAUUGGAUUUCACCAACAGGAAGCUGCUGUCUGAUGUCACACAGAAGUCAUCAGUCAGCCAGCUGCUGACAAACCUCAUCCAGGGGAAUCUGCUUCCCUCGGCUCUCGUCUGGAUAACUUCCCGACCUGCAGCAGCCAAUCAGAUCCCUCCUACAUGUGUCGACAGGCUAACAGAAGUACGAGGCUUCACUGACGCCCAGAAGGAGGAGUACUUCAGGAGGAGAUUCAGUGAUGAAGAGCUGUCCAGCAGAAUCAUCUCCCACAUGAAGACAUCCAGGAGCCUCCACAUCAUGUGUAGUAUCCCAGUCUUCUGCUGGAUCACUGCUACAGUUCUGGAGCACAUGUUGACUACAGAGCAGAGAGGAGAGCUGCCCAAGACCCUGACUGACAUGUACUCACACUUCCUGCUGGUUCAGACAAAGAGGAAGAAGAACAAGUACCAUGAGGGACAUCAGACGAGUCCACAGGAGCUGACGGAGGCUGACAGGGAAGUUCUUCUGAAGCUGGGGAGGCUGGCGUUUGAACAUCUGGAGAAAGGAAACAUCAUGUUCUACCAAGACGACCUGGAGCAGUGUGGUCUGGAUGUGACAGAGGCCUCGGUGUACUCAGGAGUUUGUACAGAGAUCUUCAAAAGAGAGUGUGUGAUCUUCCAGAAACCAGUCUACUGCUUUGUUCAUCUGAGCAUUCAGGAGUUUCUGGCUGCAGUCUACAUGUUCCACUGUUUCACCAACAGGAAGACUGAGGUGGUGAAGAGCUUCCUAGGACAAACUUUUUGGGAAUCAUCUCUGGACGACUUCCUGAACAGACCCAUGAAGAAAUCCCUCCAGAGUCAAAAUGGCCACCUGGACCUGUUUGUUCGCUUCCUUCAUGGCCUCUGUCUGGAGUCCAACCAGAGACUCUUAGGAGGUCUGCUGGGUCAGACAGAGAACAGUCCAGAAACCAUCCAGAGAAUCAUCAACAACCUGAAGGGGAUGAACAGUGAUGACAUCUCUCCUGACAGAAGCAUCAACAUUUUCCACUGUCUGAUGGAGAUGAACGACCUCUCAGUACAUCAGGAGAUCCAAGAGUUCCUGAAGUCAGAGAACAGAUCAGAGAGGAGACUCUCUGAGAUCCACUGCUCAGCUCUGGCCUUCAUGCUGCAGAUGUCAGAGGAGGUUCUGGAUGAGUUGGACCUGAGGAAGUACAACACAUCAGAGUGGGGACGACAGAGACUGAUUCCAGCUGUGAGGAACUGCAGAAAGGCUCGUGGGACAAACUGAAUGAGAAGACCCUGCUGACAUCUGGACUGAACAUGUGUCAAAUCUGUGAGCUAACGCUGAUGUCACAGCAGCACAUGGACUCACUCAUUCCUGCUGCUGCUCCUAAUGAUGAAUGUCUGACUUCAUGUCCUCAUUAAUCACAGAGCUGAUUGUUCAAUGUUUAGUUGUUGCUGCUGAAAUGUCGUCCCUAUUUUCUGCUGAUGGAAUUCACUGCUGUGUUUCUGGCUGCUGUUUACAUCCCCGAGCUCACUUCCUGGCAGCCAAACGUCAUGAUAUAAUGGUAAAUGGACUCAUAUAGCGCUU